AUGGUCGAACAAGUUCAUUUGUUAGCUGCUGCGACCAUUUUAGAUCCUAGAUUUAAAAAAAAUCAUUUUACUGACCAUGUCGCCUGUUCUCGAGCAAUAAAUAGAAUAAACACUUCAAUUUUAGAUAUUACGCGGCAACAACUUCCACAAAAUAAUAGCGAAGAAGUCGACGCCAUUGAAGAGACUGGUAAUGAUAUGAAAAAAGGAAUUUGGGAUUUUCAUAAGUUGCUUGUGAAAAAGCAACUCUCUUUAUAUACUGCACAUGCACAGGAAAGUGAAGGCUUAAAUGAAGAAUUUAAACACUAUUUAUCGCAGGCAGUUGUGCACCUAAAUUAUGAUCCUAUACUCUACUGGCAAAAACAAAAAAACUCUAUUUGUCACCGAGUUCACUCAAUAGCCGUGAAGUAUAUGAGUAUCGUAGGAUCAUCUGUUCCUUGUGAGCACCAUUUCUCAAUUGCCGGAAACAUCGCAACAGAUGAGCAAAACCGCUUGGAUCCCUGUAGACUUGAUAGACUGUUGUUUUUAAAAAGUUUAGAUAUUAAGCAUUGGGAACUAUAA